AUGGCUAGUAAAAGAGCAGGAAGGAGAGAGCUACUAGCUAUAGGUUGACCUGUCUCAGUUUUAUUUAGCUGCAAUCAUUGCAAUGGAAGUACCAGGUGAGGUGAAAAAGAAUGUCCGGUCAGUCCUGCUGUCAAAGAUUGGCGGGGUACUAGUUAGUGAAUUUGGCAAGGACUACAAAAGUCUUCUACAGAAGCCUUUACAUUUCAAGAACUGGGGCUUCCAAUCAAUGACAGAUUUUAUAAAGGCUAUGCCAGAUGUUGUCAGAUUGGAAUUUGAUGAUAAUGCAAUGGCCUAUAAGAUGUUUGGUAUUGGUGACUCCAAAAUGUACAUGUCUGGAUCAGCCAAAAAGGCACAGCGAGGCUUUGGAGGGACAGCGGAUCCAGCAAAUGUGUUGUCUGGUCAAAAGAGCCCCAGCUCUAUCAGUAAUGGACAUGCAGAAUAUGAAGGCAAGCUCAACCCUAAUGCCAAAGGCUUGUACAGUCUUUGUUAUCCUAGAGCCAAGGAAGUCAAGAGCUUCUCCGAAGAUGAUGUGAUGGACAAGUUCUCAGCGUUUGGGGAUGUAGAUGAUGUGAACAUGAUCCCUGGCUUAAUAUUCAUCCGAUUCCGAGAUAGAUCAAGUGCAAUCAAGUGUUUGAAUCAUUAUGAAGUUGGUCUUGAAAUGAGAAUUGCUGACGAAAGAAAAACAAAGAAUAUGAGUCAACGUCCUAAGGAAUCUGGGGAUGCACAAGAUAGCCUGAUGCAGUCUAGAACGAAAGCACCCAUUUCAUCCGCUUAUGGAGAUAAAAUAGAACUAUACAUAGGGAACAUCAACCAGCAUGUUACAAAGGAACAGUUUGAAGAUUUAAUGGAACCUUUUGGUCCAUUGGCUGUUCGAAUGGUAAAACCCAAGGCAGACCCCAGAAAAGUAUUUGCGUUUGCAGAUUUCCAUGUUCACCAGGAAGACAAGGCUGCAGAGGCUAUACGUGAACUAAACCAAAUGGACUGGGAAGGACGGAAACUCAACGUGCGAUUUGCUCAGCCAGACAAACCAGCUUUUGAAAAAAACAGCUUGAAUAAACAAAACAACAAAGCCAAAUCAAGGGGAGAUAACAAUGAAGGCUGGUCAAAGAAACAGCAACGUGUGGCUGAGAAUGAGGAUGAGGAUGAGUGGGGGGAGGAAGCAGACAGUGGUGCACAGACUACUACUAAACUGACCAAUGGAGAGGCACAGGGAAGUCUGGCAUCAAAGAUGGCCGCCCUAUCUGUAGAUACUAAAAAAACCUCACCAUCAAUGCCAAGUCAAUCUCCUGUGAUUAGCCCACAAAAACUACACCCCAUAAUUUCCCCCAUCAGGAGUCCAGAGGGUCCCCCCAGCUAUGGAAACAUGUCAAAAGGUAGUCCUAAGCUAAAGAUGCAAUCCCCAUCCCAGAAGGUAAAUAAACCGAAGAGGCCAAAUUUCGAUGAGUUGCCCUCCCUAGAGCAAAUCAGUCAAGACGAGGGGAUGCCCAGACUUGAGCAGAUCGGUGGUAAAUAUUCAGAUAUGCCUAGCCUCGAACCAAUAUCAGGUGGAUGUACAGGGAUGCCAGACCUUGAGCCAAUAGGCGGGGGACAUAAAGGAAUGCCCAGACUGCAGCAGAUUGGGGGUGGACAUCAGAGAAGACAUAUGGCUGAUGUAGAUCGUCCAGUUAUGCUGUUCAUUGGGAACUAUGUCUACUAUGAAAAUGAGUUUGACCUAGCCGAUAUAUUUGGUGCCUACGGCGUUCAAGAUGUGGAAAUACGAAACAACAAUGACAGGAGAAAAACGACCAGUGCAGUGGUGACAGUAGCCAAUAUGGAGAUGGCUCAGCGGGCCAUGAUGGAACUUGAUCAAACAUACCACCGCGGCCGCAGACUUCUUGUGUGUAUGGCCAAGGAGGAUCCCGCCUAUGAGCCUGCCGCUGUGUUCACCACCCCUGAUAAUCUGCACAAUAUUAGAUGUACUAUUGGGGCACAAGGUGCAUCACACAGAAAUGUUACUAUGGAUCCAGGGAGCCUGUUUAACAUGCAGAAGGGGCGUGGUCGUAGCUUUGUUAGGGGUGGAGCCCAAUUCAGAGAAACAUCAUCAUCCUCGUCCUCCAGUCAAGACACGAAAAUGUCGGAGACCACCAUCAUUAAAAAGACAUUCGGCUCACUGCUGAUGACAUACAAGAUCAUCAUGGGGAAGCUGGGCACACGUAGACGGGACUUAGCGUUCAAUGCCAAUGAUGAGCUGACGGUCUAUGUCACCCAUGUGUUUGAUGAACAGCACUUCUGGGGACAAGUCUUCUCAGAUGAGUCAUCUCUGACAAAUCUGAACAACAUUAUGGAAGAUCUGCAGUGUAUGGAGACCAGAAUUGGAGGUACCAAGGGCCUAGGCAGGUGUGCUGUACAGAAGGACAAUGAAUGGUUCAGAGGUUGGAUAACAGCUGAAAGACCUAGUUUCAAGGUUGAUGUCUUCUUCGUUGAUUAUGGCAACACAGAUACCAUAGACAAGUUCAAGACCAGUUUGACUAUACCCGAGGUCUGGGAAGUCAAACCGAUGGUCAGGCCAUUCAGAAUUACAGAAGGCUCCCUUCCUCUGACCAAGGAUAUGGUGUGGAAGAUUGUCAUGCUGAAGGUGAACAGGGUCGGUGUGGACGAUACAAAUUUCCUGACAGAAGUACAAAUAACUUCUAUGGCAUCAGAAAGUUAAAGGAACAGUCCAGGUCGUCAUUCAACGGAGCUGCAAGGGAAAGACUGUUUGUGUCACUCUCAGAUUGGCAUCCAAUUACCCAACACACUACUGGUACAGUUAUCACUGGUAAUUGGAAUGAUUGAGAUCACUUUGUUUUGUUGUAGAAGAGGAAUUGAUCCGCAGGGCUGAUGUAAACUACGCAACUAUGACAAAAUGGCAUCUGUUACUACAUUAUGUACAGUUUUUGAAAAUUACAAAAUUUCUAUAAACCAGAUUUUUAUUUGGACAUUACAAAUUAUUCUUUACAGGAGAAGCACUCCAAAGAUACUAUUUUUGCGGAUUGUAGAAUUUCAUUUUACAAUUUACUUGUUUGGGAGAAACAAAAUGAUUUGAAUUCUAGUGGAAUGCUUAUGUAGCCAAACUGUUAAGGAUAACAUAAACGCAAAAUUAUACAAGAACACAGAAUAUGUUCCCAUAAAGCAGGGAAUAACUAGCAGUUUACUUUUAGCUAGAGUGCAAGUUGUUGUAUUGUGUUAAGCUAGGAUUAAGAGUCUGUUAUUGUUAUAUACAUGUAUUACAUUUGUUUUCCACUGCAAGUAAUAGUGAUUUUUGAGAUUUCAAUCUUUUAUCUAUGUGCAACUGUUUUGCUAAACUUUUACCAAAACAAUCAUAUAUGUUUUAAUUGAAUUAUGAAUUUGUAUCUUAAGGUACUCAAGGUGACCUAGCCGAUGUAUAAACCUGUAGGUUAUCUUGUCUGCUGUACACGGUUCUUAGAAUGAUAUUUCUGAUUGAUUGUUGUUGACAUUAAUCUAUCUCCAAGAAUCAUUACCUCUGCUGUUUAAGGUACAGACAUACAGCAGAGAAAUUUGUUAAGAUGGAGAUCAUUUAACUAUUUUCAAAUACAUAUCAACUUUGUUAUAUAACUUCGUUCAAAUCUUUUUUGCCUUAAUCUGUUAAUUGAAUGUUUAAAUCUGAGAUUAACUUGCAGGUUAAAUAUUUGAAUUUAAGUUUAACUUGCUUGGUUGUGGGGGAAUGCUUGAAUCUGAGAUUCAUUUAUAUAUAUCAAUGUAUCGUUUAAAGCGUAUGUGAUUGGUGUAUAAUCAUACUUGGAGAUAUUAUUAACGAGUUUUUUAUGUGACAUUUAAGAUAUACGGAUUAUAGAAAUGAACCUGGUAAUUUGAUUUGGGUAAAAAUAGCAUGGCAGGUGGUAUGUUGGCCAAAAAGUUGUGGGUUUCAAUUGUGUUGGUAAAGCUGUCGCAUUGUAACCAAGCAAAGCCAUAUAUUAUCUGUCACCAUAGCCUGUCACAUGGUGACAGGAACAGCUCUAGCUAUAUAUAGCCUGUCACCAUAGCCUGUCACAUGGUGACAAGAACAGCACCAGCUAUGUAUAGCCUGUCCCACGGUUAAAAGUAAAUGUCAGGCUAUGUAUAACCUGGGACAAGGUGACAGGAACAGUUCUAGCUAUAUAUAGCCUGCCACCAUAGCCUGUCACAUGGUAACAAGAACAGAUCUUGCUAUAUAUAGCCUCCCACCAUAGCCUGGCAAAUGGGGACAAGAACAGCUCUAGCUAUGUGUAGCCUGCCACCAUAGCCUGUCACAUGGUAACAAGAACAGAUCUUGCUAUAUAUAGCCUCCCACCAUAGCCUGUCACAUGGUGACAGGAACCGCUCUAGCUCUAUAUAGCCUGUCACCAUAGCCUGUCACAUGGUGACAGGAACAGCUCUAGCUAUGUGUAGCCUGCCACCAUCACCUGUCACAUGCUGACAAGAACAGCUCUAGCUUUAUAUAGCCUGCCACCAUAGCCUGUCACAUGGUAACAAGAACAGAUCUUGCUAUAUAUAGCCUCCCACCAUAGCCUGGCAAAUGGGGACAAGAACAGCUCUAGCUAUGUGUAGCCUGCCACCAUAGCCUGUCACAUGCUGACAAUAACAGCUCUAGCUUUAUAUAGCCUGCCACCAUAGCCUGUCACAUGCUGACAAGAACAGCUCUAGCUUUAUAUAGCCUGCCACCAUAGCCUGUCACAUGCUGACAAUAACAGCUCUAGCUUUAUAUAGCCUGCCACCAUAGCCUGUCACAUGCUGACAAGAACAGCUCUAGCUUUAUAUAGCCUGCCACCAUAGCCUGUCACAUAGUGACAAGAUCAGCUCUAGCUAUGUAUAGCCUGCCACCAUAGCCUGCCACAUGGUGACAAGAACAGCUCUAGCUAUAUAUAGCUUGCCACCAUAGCCUGUCACAUGGUGACA